AUGGAGAAUUAUAAUCAAACAACAACAGAUUUCAUCUUAUUGGGGUUGUUUCCACCAACAAGAAUUGGCCUGUUUCUCUUCACUCUAAUCAUUCUCAUUUCCAUAAUUGCUCUGAUUGGCAACUUCUCCAUGAUUCUCCUCAUCCUCUUGGACUCCCAUCUCCACACUCCUAUGUAUCUCCUACUUAGUCAACUCUCCCUUGUGGACCUGAAUUGCAUCUCAACCAUUGUCCCCAAGAUGGCAUCCAGUCAUCUGUUUGGAAAUAAGUCUCUCUCCUUCAUUGGCUGUGAGGUUCAAAGUUUCUUCUUGACUUUAGCGGGUGCAGAAGCUCUGCUCUUGACAUCUAUGGCCUAUGACCAUUAUGUGGCUAUAUGUUUUCCACUCCACUAUCCCUUUUGUAUGAGCAAAAGAAUGUAUGUGCUGAUGAUAACAGGAUCUUGGAUCAUGGGCUCUAUCAAUGCCUGUGCCCACACUGCAUAUGCACUCCAUAUCCCAUACUGCAGAUCCAGGGACAUAAAUCAUUUCUUCUGUGAUCUCCCAGCCAUGCUGCCUCUGGCAUGCAUGGGCACUUGUGUCUAUGAGUACACAGUGUUUGUGAGCACUGCCCUCUUCCUUGUGUUUCCUUUCAUUGUAAUCACAUGUUCCUAUGGCCAGGUUCUCCUUGUUGUUCACUGCAUGCAGUCAGUGGAAGGGAGGAAGGCUUAUUCAACAUGUAGUUCCCACCUCACUGUGGUGACUUUCUACUAUGCACCCUUUGCUUACACCUAUCUAUGCCCUAGACCCCUCUGACCUCCAACAGAUGAUAAGGUUCUGGCUGUCUUCUAUGUCAUCCUCAACCUCAUGCUCAACCCUUUCUUCUACAGCCUGAGAAACAAGAAGGUGGUAGGGGCUCUGAGAAGAGUGACUCAGAGAAUGUGCUCUGUUAAAAGGCAGACAAAUUUCCUCCAUUAG